GAAUGCCAUCCAAGUCCAACUACUCCUCUAUGUCAGCCCGUACCGCUUCCCCGCCACCCGUCGCCCCUGUCUCGCGCGGCGCAGCUGCGAAGAGGAGAGAGGAGCGCGCGGUUUUGGCGGAAAAAACGAAGCAUCGGCGACGACGGCGAGCAGAUCAGGGCGGCUGCGAUUCGCGGCGGCGGAGGCGCAAGGAAGCCACUCCCCAUCCCCCAGCCCCACACGCAGGUGGCAGCGUCCCGUCUUCCACUUCUUCUUCAUUCAUCUCCUGUGAAUGUGAAUGUGAUCCUGUCCUGCUGCUUCUUCCAUUUCCAGUUCCACCCCUUCUCUCUUGUGCAUGCUUUUGUUCGUGCAACACCCAACACCCAACAGGGAGGGGAGGGGGGCGAUCGACAUGGUGCGAGCACCGGCAGGGGCAGAUCCACCACCAUUCCUCCAAACACGCAUGGACAUGGCCGCCUCCUCCUCCUCCUCUUCCCUCUCUCAAUCUCACUCUCAGUCUCAGACGCAGGCGCACAAGGUGGAGGAGGAGGAGCACGCCGCCGACCCACCCUCCCCAUCCCGUAACGCCUCCUCCAAGUACGACUUCGUCAAGGUCAAGGUGUGGCUUGGCGAGAAUGCCGAUCACUACUACGUCCUCUCCAGGUUCCUCCUCUGCAGGAUGCUCACCGUCACCAAGAUUCCUAAUCAUGUUGCCAUUAAGAUUGCCCUCGAACUCAAGAAAUUGCUUGUCGACAACAGCCUGCUUGAUGUUUCUCAGAGUGACUUAGAAGCUAACCUAUUCAAGCUGAUGGAGAAGCGGGGAUACGGCGAGGAUUAUAUUAAUCGGUAUAAAAUGAUGACCAGAUUCCAUCAUCAAAGAGUACCACUAGUAGUUUUAGUGUGUGGAACUGCUUGUACGGGAAAAUCAACAAUUGCUACGCAACUAGCUGGAAGGUUGAAUCUACCAAAUGUUUUGCAGACAGACAUGGUGUAUGAGUUGCUACGGACAUCAACAGAUGCCCCUCUUACUUCGGUGCCCGUGUGGGCUCGGGAUUUUGAUUCUCCUGAAGAGCUUAUCACAGAGUUCUGCAGAGAAUGCAGAGUUGUUCGCAAAGGUUUGGCUGGUGAUUUGAAGAAGGCCAUGAAAGAUGGGAAGCCAAUUAUCAUCGAGGGAAUUCAUUUGGAUCCAAGCAUUUAUUUUAUGGACGAGGAAAAGAGAGAUGAUAAUUCAAAAAUGGAGAAAAAGGUAGCUGAAUGUGAACAGUCACCAGCAUCUGUAGAGAGCAAGACAGAAAGGCAACAAGAAAACGAACUACAUGAGAAGAGAAUGGAUGACAGUCAGGAGUGCAUGUCUGAGGAGGGAGGAAUAAGUGAAGGGCUAUCUUGUGCUAAAAGCCACGUAAUUAGCUCUUCUGAUUCUGCAUAUUCUAAAGAGAAAAAUCCCAGAGCUGAAGACGAAGGACAUAAGGAUUUGGACCUACAGAAAAACAACACCACCAAGAAGGACAAACCUGCUGCUGAACCAAUAGUAGUCCCAAUUGUGUUGAGGAUGUCUGAUUUUGAUCACAAGGCAUUGCUAGAGGAAUGGACAGCCACCAGGGCUUCCAGGGAUAAUUGUCUUCCUCAGGAUCAUCGAAAGCUUAUAAACAACCUUAAGCUUAUUCAGGACUAUCUUUGUUCUUUUGAGUCGCAGGGGUUGACCGUUGUUGACAUUUCAGCGAACUCAUUCCCUCAGACACUAGAUUGGCUUCACAGCUAUCUUCUUCAGUGCAUCGAACGUGGCCUUUUGGCUGCAUGUUCAGAAAGUCCCAAGCAAGGUGGGAGCUAACGGAUACAGAUGAGCGAGAGGGAAGCCCGCAUUAGUCUUGCUUAACAUAUACUCACUCUGUUCCAAAAUAAACCAACAUUGUACGGAUGUGCCACAUCCUAAUACAUCUUGGACACAAGUACUAGUAUGUGUCACAUCGGGUUUAUUUUGGGACAGAGGGAGUAUGUCACAUAUAUGAUGCUUGUAAAAUUGUGCUUUUAGUGGGUUGAUAAUCAGGAACUUGUGCGUUGCCGCCAUCCAUAAACGUUGGCAGUGGAAAUGUAACCGAGUAGAGAACUCCAUAGUUCGAUAAAAACCUUUUAGAGCUGGAAUAGGAAAAGGAAAAUUAAAAAAAAAAGCUCAAAAAAGGUUGACAACCAAAGUUCAGAGCGAUGUGCAUGCGCUAAGGCCCAAACGAAAAAUGCAAAUAUAGGAGGUGUUUAGAUAUAGGGGUGUGAAGUUUUGGCGUGUUACAUCAGAUUUAUAUAGGGUGUAGCAUGGGUAUUCGGACACUAAAAAAAAUAAUUACAGAAUCAGUUAGUAAACUGUGAGAAGAAUUUAUUAAGCUUAAUUAAUUCGUCAUUAGUAAAUGUUUAUUGUAGUAUCAUAUUGUGUCAAAUCAUGGAGUAAUUAGGCUUAAAAGAUUCGUUUCGCAAAUUAGUCGUAAUAUGUGCAAUUAGUUACUCUCUUCAUUCCAAAUUGAUCACUAUAGUUUUUUUUGAGGUUAUUUCUAAAUAAUCUAUAUAUUUCUGUUCCUUCUAUGCACACAAGUAUUUAUAACCUACAUGCAAUAUUUUAAUUUACUAUUGGUUAGGAAAUAGUGGGGAUGGUGCAUGCUACUAUUGGCUAGGAAAUAGUGGGGAUGGUGCAUGUAUCGAGUUUGUUGCUAGAGUAAAUAUAGCAUUAGAGUUAUUAGAUUUUCUUGGUUUUGGUGUAUCUAUAAAAUAUGUAGAUCAAUUUGGAAUAGAGGGAGUAUUUUUUAAGCCUAUAUUUAAUAUUUUAUGUAUGUGUUCAAACGUUUAAUGUAGGGUGAAAAAUUUUAAGGUGGGAUCAUUCACAGAUGAUGCUAACGAUCCAUCCACAAAAGUUCUGUUUCUCCCAGAGCUAGUACAUCUCGCAGAAUUGAGACGAGUAUGCUUAAUUAAUUGAGAGAAAAGACGAGUAUAAAGAGGUCAAUCUCGGGUCAUCCAACAUAGAAGUAUCAACAAACUCGAUCAGCACAUCAAGGUCGUCCAAAGUAAAAAAAAAAAAAAAAAAAAAAGAAUCAGGUAGUCGAAAGCCAAACUUGCGCAAAAAUAAAUGUGGCGCAAAGUGGCCCCGAUGAAAGCGGAGACGUUAAAGCCGACGAAAUGGCCGGCACUCCUGCGGCGUCGGCUUCGCUAGCUAGCCGUUCCCCCAUGUCGCUCUCCGCGACAUCCGGAGCUUAGACUUGCGGCAAUGGCGGCGGCCACGCAUGUCGCUGCCCUGCUUUGCGUUGCCUCGAUCGCUGCCUUCCCUUCUCCGCCCCGCAGGUAACUGACCAAAGAAGUGUGCAGAUCUGGUAUAUGUGCUACAGUGUUAAUUUGGGAUUGACCUGUGGCAUCGGCUGGUAAACACAAUAUCAUUUCCCUACCUUGAUUUGCGACAGAUACACAAGUUGCCGCCCAAAUCAUCAAUGCAAUGUAGUGUGCUUCACUUGGAAAAGCUUCCAUUGUACCAUAUGCUGUGUGUUCUUCUACGACAAAUCAGAGGAGCUAUAGAGCAAAUAAUCCUUCUGACCAUCUCAAACACAGGGGUCAAUCAAUCAUCUAAUUAGGCCUCUUUGUUGCAGGGGAUACCCAAUUAUUGGUUCCUCUGAAAAUGUCCACAGGGUAACAGAACUUAAGCUUUAAGACCGUCGCGAGCACUUGGUUAAUGUUCCAGUGUUAGUUCCAACCUGAAAAGGUAUGGUUGUGUGCUUCUAUACUUUCACUGCUAGUGUUAAAAAUUACAUUGGAAUUCUGUGAGGGGGUGUAUGUGGUACAUCGCCAAACUUUGUCACACUUAAGUUAGGCAAAUUUUGCCUUUUAUGGCAGUUGUUUGAUUCCAUGCUACCGUUGUGUCAUGCCAAACUUUGCUACAUCUAUGCCCCAACAUAUCAUAGGCUCAUCAACUAGCCAAAAUGUGCCACAACAGCCAACUAUUUUGGCACCACAAAAACUACGGCAUUGCUACAUUUUUGGCACAAAAGAUUGGUGAAGCGAGGGAACCAUCCAAACAGGUACGACACACUAUGGCCAAUCAGACUAGUCAUCUCAAACAUUCGAGUGUUUAGUUGCUUUGUCUAACAAACUUUUAUUUCAUUCUUGUCCUGUACCUUUUUGUGAACCUGUAGUUUAAACAUGGUUCUGAUCAUUGUGCAUCCACUCUUUGAAUUUUACAGCCUGAUAUUUUCUUUUCUUCACUUCGAUCGCUCAUUUUGUUAUCUUUAUUUAGCAGUUGCAAUUCUAUUAACCAAAAGCAUGUUACUGUUAUGGAUUCCUAAUGGGACUUGCAUAGUUUCGUAAUUUCAUUUGGGGCAAUGAUGAUGGAUGCAUGGAUUGGUUGUAAAGUACAACCAACCAAUUACUGAUUGAAGUAUUUUCCACCAAGAUCCCUGUAUUUAUACAGGUUGUCAUGGCAGGCAUCCAUUCCUUCCUUUCUUCCUUCCUUCCUUCCUGCCUUGCCUGCCUAUAUGUCUGUCUGUCUGUCUAUCGAUCAUCUGUUAUGCGGUUUAAGAUGAGAAUGGUCAUUGAAUGACUAAAACACCAUCUGAGCCCUAA